GAUUUGCCCCAGGUCUCCCACCCAGCAAGUCAGCACUAACGACGGGUGUUGGCGGACACUGAUGGUGGUUCUCACUCUUGUGUAUGAAGACCAGAAGCCAAGGAGCCCUCAGUGACCACGGAUUCUCUGGACACCUCCACAGCCCUGUCCCCACUCAGCUGAGGCAGAGCCAGCACCAGCUCAGACACAAGGACGGAGCCCUUGAACUGCUGGGUUCCUUCCAGGGAGGUGGAGGAGAAACCCAUCUGCUGGGGCCUGAGCGUGGUCUGGAGGCCAGGCCAUCGGUCCCAGAAUGCCCCUGCCCGAGCCCAGUGAGCAGGAGGGCGAGAGCGUGAAGGCCGGCCAGGAGCCCUCCCCUGAGUCCCCUGAGCCGGGCACAGAUGUCGUCCCUGCAGCUCCCACGAAGCCCACGGAGUUCUCCGAACUGGUCCUACUGACGGCCUCCACUGAGAAUGGGGAUGGAGUGGACUCCCAGCCCAAAGCAGUGCACUGUGUCCUGUCCUUGGAGAUGUCUGGCCCUGACACCCUGGCUGGGACCCCCCAGAUCCUGCCAGUAGAGGAACAGCAGGGGGCAGGCCAACCAAGCCCCCAGACCCAGGAACUGAAACACAGCAAGCCAGACACAGCAGCCCCCCAGCCCCUGGAGUUCCUGAGGACCCCAUUUGGGGGCCGCCUGCUGGUGCUGGAGUCCUUCCUGUACAAGCAGGAGAAGGCUGUGGGGGACAAGGUAUACUGGAAGUGCCGUGAGCACACCGAGCUGGGCUGCCGGGGCCGGGCCAUCACCCGUGGCCUGAGGGCCACAGUGAUGCGGGGCCACUGCCACCCGCCCGACGAGGAGGGCCUGGAGGCCCGGCGCCAGAGACAGAAGCUGCCCAGCCCAGCCCUUCCCCAAGGCUUGGGGGAUCCCCAGGGCCCCGGCGGCCGAGUGGAGGAGCCCCUGGAGGGGGUGGGCCCAUGGCUGUGCCCCAAGGAGCCGGAGCUGGCCCUGGGGCCAGUGCUGAGCAAGCCAGCCCCCGAGGAGGAUGAGGGGCUCCGAGCCCUGUCGCUGCUGAGCUUGCCUCCCAAGAAACGCCCGACGCUGGGGACCGGAGGGCCCCCGCCCCUGGAGUUCCUGAGGACCUGCUACGGGGGCAGCUUCCUGGUGCACGAGUCCUUCCUCUACAAGCGGGAGAAGGCUGUGGGGGACAAGGUGUACUGGACAUGCCGGGACCACGCGCUGCAUGGCUGCCGCAGCCGGGCCAUCACGCAGGGCCAGCGGGUGACUGUCAUGCGUGGCCACUGCCACUCGCCUGACGUGGAGGGCCUGGAGGCCCGGCGGCAGCAGGAGAAGGCCAUGGAGUUGCUGCAGGCCAGGCCGGGCGGCCCCGGGGGCCAAGCGGACAAGCUGCUCCAAGGCGUGGACAGCCUGUUCUACCGCAGGGGGCCAGGCCCCCUGACUCUCACCAGGCCUCGGCCCAGAAAGCGGUCAAAGGCCAAAGAUCAGGACCUCCUGGCCCAGCCCCAAGGCGAGGAGGACCAGGACGAGGACCUGGGAGGCCCUGAGUUCCUGAGGACCCCUCUGGGAGGCAGCUUCCUGGUGUUUGAGUCCUUCCUUUACAGGCGGGAGAAGGCGGCCGGGGAGAAGGUGUACUGGACGUGCCGGGACCAGGCCCGCAUGGGCUGCCGCAGCCGAGCCAUCACCCAAGGCAAGCGGGUGACAGUGAUGCGAGGCCACUGCCACCCGCCCGACCUGGGGGGCUUGGAGGCCCUGCGGCAGCGAGAGAAACGCCCUGGCACGGCCCAGCGAGGGAGCUCUGGAGGCCCUGAGUUCCUGAGGACCCCUCUGGGGGGCAGCUUCCUGGUGUACGAGUCCUUCCUCUACAGGCGGGAGAAGGCGGCCGGGGAGAAGGUGUAUUGGACGUGCCGGGACCAGGCCCGCAUGGGCUGCCGCAGCCGAGCCAUCACCCAGGGCCAGCGGGUCAUGGUGAUGCGCAGACACUGCCACCCGCCCGACCUGGGGGGCCUGGAGGCCCUGAGGCAGCGGGAGCAGCUCCCCAGCCCGGCCCAGAGGGAAGGCUCAGAAACCCUCCAGCCCCUGGAGUUCCUGAGGACCUCUCUUGGGGGCAGGUUCCUGGUGUACGAGUCCUUCCUCUACAGGAAGGAGAAGGCGGCCGGGGAGAAGGUGUACUGGAUGUGCCGGGACCAAGCCCGCAUGGGCUGCCGCAGCCGGGCCAUCACCCAGGGCCAGCGGGUGACCGUCAUGCGCAGCCACUGCCACCUGCCUGACCUGGCGGGCCUGGAGGCCCUGAGGCAGCGGGAGCGGCUCCCCAGCACAGCCCAGCAGGAGGACCCAGAAAAGACAAAACUUCUGCCUGAAGUUCAACUGUGCUUCGAGUCUUGUGCUCCUGAAAGCCAACAGAGCUAUGGGAAGGUGGAAGAUACACAUCUGGACAGCGAGUCCCAAUGAGGCCAGCCUCCUCCCGGACUCAGCAGAGGAACCUCACGUGUCGCCUGCGUCAAGGAUGCUCCAGGUCCACACAGAACCCCGGCAUUUCCCAUCCGGUUAGAUUUUGCUCGACAAAACCUCUUUCACUCUUCCAAAGCAUCCACAGCCUUAACAUUUCCUCAAGUGGCCUCCCAGGAGGAACGCUUCGAUGGUGUCUCCCUGCCGACAAAGAAGAGCCCCAGGAGCUGGUGGCCCGCAGCUGUGUGUGACGUGGAGUGACGUGGGGAGGGCCACGGCCACCAAAAGCUCUGAGGAAGGAAGCAUCGUUCACAAAGACACCUGCCCCUGCCCUGGUGCAAAUACCCAUCCGUUUUCAGAGCCCACGGCUUUCCAAGGGCUUUCCUGUUGGGUGUGGUCCUGCUUCAGCUCCACAAAGUGGAAAAUCAUCGUGGAGGCCACUUCAAGACGAAGGUGGGGCACGUUUGGGGAAGUUCCUGCUUCUUCAGGCUGAGCUGCCCCGUGCGGUUUCAGCCGCCCCAGGUGUUUUCCGGGCAGGUGCCAGGUGGGCCUUCGUGCUCCUUGGCCAUCUGCUGCCGGGGUGUGGCUGUCCCAUUAACAGAGCAGGCCGAAACCAGAGGCCUUGCUACUCCCUCUGUUAGAGUUCCCUUUGCUGUUUUCCAACUUAAAUUAAACCCAGUGUCCACGAUCCCCAGGGCAGGUGUUGUUCGGGCCCUGGAAGCCAGCCUGACGGCUGCAGAAAGCCAGCGCUGGGAAAACUCCACCGGGGUCACCCAUGUUUGCCUGAUGCAGGAGGAGAGGCAGACCCUAAUGACAGCGGGCGCAACCCCUUCUCCCGUGUGAUGGCACAGCAGGGAGCCGGCCUGCAGGGAGCAGUGGGCCCAUGUUCCCCACGAACUCCAGAGGCUGCUGCUUGCUAACAGGGCCACAUCCUCCCCAGCGGGCUCCUUGAAUUGCAGAGGGAGCACACGGUGCAGGCUCCCUCCCGCCAAGCUGGCCACGAAGCCUGCCGUCCAGCCAUGGGACAGUGACAGCUCAGACACCCCCCCACUGUCCCUCUGCCUAUACAUUUCCUGCAAUA